GAAGGGAGAGGCAUGGUUUAUAUAAAACCCAGUCUGGCACAAUCCAUGGAUUUCUUCCUAGGAAAAAGUUAUGAAACUUUUGGCAAACUUUUCACUGGCUCAAAAGCACAACAGAGUGGUAAAUCAGCAGCUUGAUCUGUGUGGAGCUGAAUCCAAUACUGUCCCCCUGGAAAACGUGCUAGGAAGAAUGAGGCUGUCCGAAGACGUCUGUUGCCUAUUCCUUGUGGUCCUGCUGGUUGAUCUACUCCCUGAGUCAUCCUGCGGCAACAACCCCCGCUAUGAGAAGUUCCUGAACCAGCACCGAGACGAGCCCAGGAGCCGCUUCCACGGCCGAUACUGCAACACCCUCAUGGGCAGCCGUGGCCUGACCAAACCCGAGUGCAAGGAGGUGAACACUUUCAUCCACGGCUCCAAGCGGCAGAUCCGGGCCGUGUGUGCCGAAGGAGGGCUUCCCUCGGGGGAGCUGCGGAAGAGCCGGCAGCACUUCAGAGUCACCACUUGCACGCUCCGGGGGGGCUCCACUCGCCCACCGUGCGAAUACAAGGAGAACAUUUCGCCCAGGUACAUCGUCAUUGGCUGCGAAGGCGGCUGGCCGGUGCACUAUGACGAAAGCCAGAUUGUGACCUCUCUUUGAAGCACCAUUGGUAGACCUGAAGGAAUCUCUCUUCCCUGUGUAUUCAUCAAAUUCUGUAUCCCAGUAUCCCAGUCAAAACAAAGCCCAAGUACAUGAAAUAGCUGUGUUCACAUUAAUCCAUUGAAACCUUCCCUUGCCUCGACUUUUCCUUCCCUCUUUAUUUCUCACCUCCCCCAUUCUCAAAUAGAUUGUAAGCUCACUGGGGCAAGGAGUUGCCUUUAAUGUUUGUUGCUCUGCAAAGCGCUGUGUAUACGGAUGACACUGUUUCAACGCUAAUAUUGUCAUUGUUAAUCAUGGCCACCACCAUGGGAUCAAUAUUGAAUCAUAUGCAGAUUAGGCCCACUGAAAUCAAUAGGGCUUCACUGAGUCAUCACUGGUAUUCCAAACAGUAAGGAGACUACCCUAAAUAUGAAUGAGACUGAAUCUGAUCCAACAAGUUUACACAGUGGUACCUCGGUUUUUGAACGUCUCCGUUGAUGAACAUUUCGAUUUUCGAAAUGCUUCACUUUUCGGAUAUGCCUUGGAAGUCGAACAUGCAACACAGCUUCCACUGAAUGCAAGAUCCUGUGGCCUAGCUGUCAGCUAUUGAGUUUUUGGUUUUCGAAUGUUUCAGAACUCAAACCGUCUUCCGGAACAGAUGACAUUCGAAAACCGAGGUACCACUGUAAUAUCAUUUUACAGAAAUAAGUGACAAUGUGCUGGAAUAUACUAUAUUCAGCACAUGUGAUUGGGAAGUAUCCUGGCAGCGCUACGAGUUACCAUGACAUUAUUGAAUCGUAUCGCUUUGAAGAAUUUCUUGCUGCUGUUUGCUUUAUUUCUGUGCUUUUGUGUUUGGUGUUAUAAUGAUUGUGAUGUUUUAUUUUCAAUGCUGUUGUGAUUAUUGUGAGCCACUGCUCACAGUAUAUAUAUGCUACACAUAUAUUGGCUGCACAUGUAAAAAGAAAAGUAAGGACUAUAUAAAUACACAUUAAAAACCUUACAAACCUUUUUUAUUCAUUAUCUUUAAAUUAGAAG